UAAUUAUCGAGACAGACGAAAAUUAGAUUUACAUUUUUGCAUUGAUAAUUUUGCAAAUGCAUACCGUUUUUCGAGGUCCAUUGCUAAUUCGCCAAUUUUGCCGAAUAAUUGUACCCAAAGCUCUAUCAAGGAAUUACAUUCAUCGAGACUUGCCUUUGAAUUAUACUAGAGCCAUGUCAAGCACUUUGUCCAAAAAGCUCACCUAUCCAGUUGCGCGACAAGAUGCAACUGUGGAGGAGGAUUUCCAUGGAACCCCAAUAAAGGAUGUGUAUCGUUGGCUAGAAGAUCCAGACUCUACGGAAACUGAGGAAUUUGUCAACGCCCAGAAUAACAUAAGCCGGCCAUUCCUUGAAAAUGGUGACGAGUGGAAGAAACUUAACUCCAAGCUUACGAAGCUUUGGAACUAUCCCAAAUACGGAUGCCCGAUGCGAUAUGGCAACUAUUAUUAUUAUUUUAUGAACACCGGCUUGCAAAAUCAAAGUGUUAUGUAUCAGCAAAAAACGCUAGGCGAUGAACGUGAAAGUAAAGUUUUUCUCGAUCCGAACACUUUAUCGGAGGACGGUACGAUUGCCCUAACUCAGAAGGCCUUUUCGGAAGAUGGCAAAUAUAUGGCCUAUGGACUGAGUGAAAGUGGUUCCGAUUGGAUCAAGAUUCUCAUUAGAGAUGCAGAGACUGGUAAAGAUUUAAGCGAAGUCCUCGAAAAGGUUAAGUUCUCUGAAAUAUCAUGGACAAAAGACAAUAAGGGAUUCUUUUACGGUAGAUACCCCGAUCAAGAUGGAAAAACUGAUGGUUCUGAGACUAAACAAAACGAGAAUCAGAAAUUGUACUAUCAUCGGGUGGGAGAAAGUCAAGAUAAGGAUACUCUUGUGGUCGAGUUUCCCGAAGAACCUUCAUGGCGCAUACAAUCUACAGUCUCAGAUUGUGGAAAAUACUUGAUUUUGGCUAUUGUUAAGGAUUGCCGAGACAAUAUAGUGUUCUAUGCUGAUCUUACGCCAGGCCAGGAAAUAAACUCAAAACUGGCUGUCAAGAAAAUAGUCGAAAAAUUUGAGGCAGACUAUGAUUAUAUCACGAACGAAGGUUCAAAAGUAUUCUUCCGUACAAACAAAAAUGCACCAAAUUAUCAAGUUAUUGCCAUAGACUUCAAUAAUCCAGAAGAGGACAAAUGGGAAACGCUUAUACCUGAACACAAUUUGGAUGUUUUGGACUGGGUUAAAUGUGUUGAUGCUGAUAAAUUGCUUGUUUGCUACAUAAGGGACGUGAAGAGCGUCUUGCAAGUCAAUUCCUUAAAUGAUGGAAAACUACUGAGGGAAUUUGACUUGGAUAUCGGUACCAUUGUGGGAACCUCCGGAGAGAAGAAAUUUUCCGAAAUUUUCUACAACUUCUCAUCGUUUUUGAACCCCGGCUCCAUAUAUCAAUAUGAUUUUAAGACACCUGACCAUUCGCCUACUGUAUUUCGCGAAAUUAAAUUGAAUUUGGAAGGUUUUCGUCGGGAAGACUACGCCGUUGAACAGAUUUUCUAUAAGAGCAAAGAUGGUACAAAGGUACCGAUGUUUAUAAUUAGGAAAAAACGUGAUAGCAUUGAGCCACGCCCGUGUCUUCUCUACGGGUACGGAGGUUUUAACAUCAGUAUGCUGCCAUCCUUUGGACUUUCAGGACUUAUGUUCAUUGACACUUUUGAUGGUGUGCUCGCAUACCCGAAUCUGCGAGGUGGUGGUGAAUAUGGUGAGAAAUGGCACAAUGGUGGUCGUUUGUUGAACAAGCAGAACGUUUUUGACGACUUCCAAGCAGCGGCAGAGUAUUUGAUCGACAAUAAGUACACAACUAAGGAUCGAUUGGCAAUUCAAGGGGGUUCCAAUGGUGGACUUCUGGUCGGCUCUUGUAUUAACCAACGUCCGGAUUUGUUUGGAGCUGCUGUGGCACAAGUUGGAGUAAUGGAUAUGUUGCGCUUCCAUAAAUUCACUAUUGGCCAUGCUUGGUGCUCCGACUACGGUAAUCCAUCGGAGAAGGAGCACUUUGAUAAUCUGUACAAGUACUCUCCGCUGCACAAUGUGCACACUCCGAAGGGUGCCGAAACAGAAUACCCAUCUACAUUGAUACUGACGGCCGAUCAUGAUGAUCGUGUCAGUCCUUUACAUUCGCUGAAAUUCAUUGCGGCCCUUCAAGAAGCUGUGCGCGAUUCCAAUUUCCAAAACAACCCGGUUCUGUUGCGGGUUUAUCAAAAGGCAGGUCAUGGAGCCGGCAAGCCAACGUCAAAGAGAAUCGAGGAAGCCACCGACAUUCUUACAUUUUUGUUAAAGAGCCUAAAUGUUGACACAGUCAAUGUUUAAGUUGUAAAGCAUUUAAAAAACUGCAUUUCUCAAAGUCCGAGAAUAAAUUGCUUUAACAAUGUAUUCAAUAUUUUCACAAUAAACUAUACAUCUGAAUGAUA